CUGUCUCUCGCUGAUGCGGCCGCGCUGAGGCCGAUGCGGGCGCCGCCAUGCCGCGCUGCCUCAUGGCCAAGAAGUGGAAGGCGGCCCCGGCGGCGGAGCUGGCCGACGAGUCCGACGAGGAGAUCGACGUGGUCGGCGAGGGGCGCGGCCGCAGCCCCGCGCCCGCCGCCACCGCCCCGGGGCCUUCGCCCAGAGACCCCGAGCCGACGCUCCUCUACAACGGGUACACCGAAGAGCAGCCUUCCACACAGUUCACCGCCCAGCUGCCGAGCGAGGUGAGCCCGGCCGCCGCCGGCCCCGGCCCCGCCCCUCAGCCGGCGCCUCAGCCUCUAUCCUAUGCCCUUCUGCAACUGUCCCCCGCCUCCGACUCGACAGACUCGCCCUUCCUCCAGGUUCAGCUCCAGUCUUCACCUGUCUCCCCUCCCCCGCCACCGGCGAGCGGCAAGUCCAUCUCUAUGUGCUACACCAGCACCGGUGCCCUUCUCUCUCUGCCACCGAAGAAGAAAGACAUCUAUCGCCCCUACUGCCUCGGCAACCGCGCAGCACACCUCAACCGAGCCGAGGAAGACCUCAACGCUGCGCAUGCGAUCCUCGACCUUAGCCAGCAUCCCGUAUUCCUCACCCCGCCGCGCGCGGAGCCGGCGCCCCCGGAGCCGCAGCCGAGCGCGCCGCCGCCGCCGCCGCCUCCCCCACCGCCACCGCCCGAGCCUCCUGCGCAGGAACCACCCGCUGAACGACCGCGGGAAACCAUCGCCUACACCUACGACGCAUUCUUCGUAAGCGAUGGAAGAUCUAAACGCAGAAACUAUGCAAAUGCGCCGGUCGAAACUGUACCACAACCAGAACCAAAGUCCAAGUAUACGUGUAGCGAAUGCGGAAAACGAUAUGCGACGUCAUCAAAUUUGUCUCGACACAAGCAGACGCAUCGCAGUCUAGACUCAGUGGCGGCUAAGCGCUGCGGCGAGUGCGGCAAAGCCUACGUGUCCAUGCCGGCGCUCGCCAUGCACGUGCUGACGCACCAACUGUCACACGUGUGCGGCGUGUGUGGGAAGCUGUUCUCGAGACCGUGGCUACUGCAAGGCCACCUGCGGUCCCACACCGGUGAGAAGCCGUACGGCUGCGCGCACUGCGGUAAAGCUUUUGCGGAUCGUUCUAACUUGCGAGCACACAUGCAAACGCACUCAGCUGAUAAGAACUUCGAAUGCACGCGAUGCCAUAAAACUUUCGCCCUCAAGAGUUAUCUGAACAAGCACCAGGAGUCGGCGUGCGUUCGCGACGAGGACGACGAGGAGGAGGAGGAGUCCCCGUCGCCGGAGCCGGGCGCGCCGGUGUCCGCGUCCGGCUAGGCGGGGCCGGCGCCACACACCAGGGACCGUAACCACCGCCGUAAGGUUUACAACUAAACAUAAAGUAUUAAUAUGAAUUUAGCUUGUUAGCGUAAUUUAAAUAUACAAUAUGAAACAGGAGCGAGCGCGUCGGGCGGGCGCCUCUGACGCUCGCCGGACGCGCCGCGACACAAUCGAGCAACGUUUCGCAUACAACGAAUCACGUACGACCCCGUAGAGCCGCGGCCACCGCGGCCGCAGGCCGUAGCGUCACACGUCCCGAUAGCGGUUAAUUUAUUAUAUAAAGUGUACAUAUUCGUCGAUAAAAUAUACCCUUAUAUACAUAGAAGUAUUGAAAUAUGGAUGAAAACUAAUAUCUUUUGUAGGUGAUUUUUACAACCGCAAAGUAGGUUAGAGAGUAUUAGGGAGUAAGUUUAGCGUCGAGAUGCGAGAGCCGAGCGCCGAGCUCGUGGGUGGAGGGCAGCCUCCUCCGUCUCGGUGAGGAACUUGCCAAAACUUUCCGUCCGAAGCUCCGCACACACGCCGCCGCAGCGCCGGCAGCGCGGGCCCGCGACAGUGCCUUACCUCCCGCCUCGCUCGCUGCCGUCCGCCCGUACACACGCACCGACGCAUAUACCGACCUUCUACACCCUUGUCACGUCUCAUAUUCAAAUAACAACAAAUUACAACAUAUUUUAUAGUCCCAAAUUUUGUCAUAAAUCUAACAACUAAUAUACGCCUUUCGUGAUUUUCCUUAAACCUAUUCGUUUGCAGAAUUAAUAAUUAUAAGCAGUCAAGUCCAUACAUUCAAUUCAAAAUUUAAUGGAAAAGAAAAUCUGAACAAACAUAAUGUUCACCCCUAGGGUCUGAUAAAUUGGUACAAUGAACCCAAAAUUACGGAACCAG